UUGAUAAGCGACGACAAUGGUGACAAUAUGCGGGUUCGCCUAUCAAACGCUUCACCGAGUGAUACAGUACGCAAGAGGUCAAAGCUUGCGUAUCCAACCACAUCCCUGCCGGAUGCACAUGCCACGGUGCCGGCGAAAAAUGAUGCAAUCACUUUUAUUUAUCACCACCUGAUGAUGAAAAUCGGAUCGCCUGGAUCAUCACUACCAAACCCUGGUGUGCCGCUCCAUCCAAAACGAGACUGUGACAGACAUACACCCUCCUUCGGUACACACACGGGGCACCGGGACUGCCGGCAUAAAUUCCAAUCAACACUAUCCCCGCAAAAGUACACACAGAAACACACACACAUGGGCAGUGCAUCCCAAAAGUCAACACAGUACCCGAUGCAUGCCAAAGCAAUCCCGAACACUCCCAUCUUCUUUGCGGGAACGCUCCAAAGUGCCGACCAGUUUUCUUUGUGCCCCGGCACGUAUCUCUCGCUCGCUCGCAAGCCAGCGUAUGAAGCCACAUGCAUAUGGGGAAUUUGCCAUUCGUGUGCUGCACCUCCGGUACGCUGGCACUGGGUGGAAAUGGAUGGCUGAUGUCGCGUUUGCAUUUGGUGUUGGUGCUACCGCUGUCGCUCCAUGGCAAUUCGCUUGGGAAACACAGCUAAGGCUGAACAAACCCCGUUGGAAUCACAGCGGACGGAGAAUGGGAGCGACGGCAAGAAUGAAUGGGUUUCAAUGUUUGCGUUAUCAAUAAAAUACACAAAAACAAAAUCUGAAAUUUAUAUAAAUAUUUCAACAUUAUUUUCCCCUUCCGCCCUGCGCAUUGCUUUCUUGUAGCCGUGCCACCACCGUGUUCGUCGGUGGUUUUUCACACGCCUCCACAUUUAGCACGGGGGAUCCCGGCUCGCCUCGCCACGUUUUGCGGUAAACGCCUUGCUGUCCCAUUCCCGUCCGGAGCUCGGGGGAAGGGUAUUUUCUGCAAACACAGACACCUAUGCCAUUGGCCAGAAGGAAUGGAGCUGGGAGGACAAACACACGCUGCCACUGCUGUGGAGUUGUCGAGCUGAAAUUUAUUCCUCCCUGUUUUGUGGCAUUCUUUCGCCGAAUAUAAAUUUAUAAUCAUAGCGAUAUUCAAAUGUUCUGUUUCGGCAAGCGCGCAUACAUACACAACACACACACACACACACACA